AUGCCCCGUUUCAACACCCAGGCUCACUUGGACAAGUGUGUCGCUUGCACCGGUAUGCAUCGUUCUUGUUUCUGGUCAAAGGACUCCAACGGAGAGGCCCUGCCCCGUUGCCACGACAGUACCGACCGCAACCGUAAGUGCGACCCUAUGCCUCUUACCUACCACAUCCUCUCUCUCUAUCUGGACGCUCUCACCGAUACUUCUCCUGCAACUCACGCUGCUCUCACCACCGGUCCUCGUUUUGAGUUCCUGCGCGCGGUCGAGGACAAUUCUCGUGCUGAGAGCCUGAAGGAAAAGAAUGAUACGAGGGAUCAGAAAUAG